UUUGCAGCAGUGCGCGACACGCUCAGUCCGAGACGACAAACCCAAUCUCUUCGAGUGACUUUAAUUAGACUCCAACGACCCUAAGUGCAUUCCUUCUGGACAGUUAGUUGUGUAGUGGGUCAAAUAGCUUUACAUUUCAACACGAUGUGUUAUUACGCUGUACUUUGAAGGAUCGGCUUUUUUUGACCAGGAGAUUCCCGAGUUAUUGAACGUUCGUCUGGCUGACGUCAGUGUAGUGAACUAGGAUAUGAUUGUUCGCUUGGGUGACGAUUAAAAAAAGUUAAAGGUGACUAAGGCCGUGUGUUAAGAAGACACAACGUGUUAUCGUCUGCUCUACCAUAGUCGGUGGAUGAUGUGUUACAAAUCUUAUGCAGUUAUGGAUAAAUAAAUUAUGAAUAUGAAACAGACGAGUAUUACCCUUCCAUGGAAAGAUUUCCUUUUCCUGAUGUAAGGCAUCCCUGAUAGGGGCCCAGUCAAAGCAUGAAGGGGCUGACUAGGAGAAUUGGGGCCCAUGGCCUGGCCAGUAUCUUUGUGAGCGUUUGUCUGUUUGAGCUAGUAGUGUGUUCUUGUCGGUCCCCGGUGACGGAAUUGUUUGCCUACCACAAUCCCACAGUAUACCAGAUGAAUGAUAGUGUCAUCCCUUUUUUAACCUCAGACAAAGGAGAAGAAUGCACUUUCUUGAUUUCUGCUUCAGACAAAAAUGAAAUUGUGACCUUGUCAUUUCCAAUCUUCAGUUUAAAAAGUGAUGAUUGUUUGGAAAUUUUUGAUGGCAAAGCAGAAAAUUCUCAAAGUCUUGAUGAGCUUUGUGAUAAAAACCCUAAACCAGCAUACACUAGUAGCCAGCAGGUGCUGCGUGUGGUCUAUAAGCGAGGGGAAGAAAGUGGCAAGAGAAAGCUUUCUAUGAUGUAUUCUUCACAAAAAUAUAUUUCCAAUGAGAAAAUCAUCAGGAUAGCUGGCAUCAUUGGUGCAGUUCUGGCUGCCAUUGGUUUGACUUUUGUUAUACUCCGCGCAACAAGAUGUUGUAGUUGCAUCAGAAACAAAAACACGAAUGGGGACCAUCAUGAGAGAGUCAGUAGUGUCAGAGAAACGACUCGGUUGACAACUAUUGGCUCUGAUGAGGUGGAGGAGAGCACCAGAACAGUUGUCGUUAAUCCAACUGACCCCAAUCCCAGUGUAACGCCUGAAAAUGAUAACCAAACCCCAGGUAAUAAUCAAUCAGCACAUCCUGAAGGAAGUGAUUCGGACUCUUUGCCUGAUGUUAAUGAGCUUCCACCUUCCUACGAAUCUUUGUACUUGAAUGAACUCGGUGAGGCCAUUGACCCUCCCAACUAUUCUCCACCCAAGCACCGCAGUAGCCACCCACCCAGACGAGUUCACACAAUAAACUGAUAUUAUCUAGCUCUUGUUUUAUACAAUAUAGGUUAGUGAUUUGAGCCGCACGGCCAAUGCUCACAUGAUGUUCAUGUUGGAAUCAUUGCCUCAUCCACCAAAGUUUUUGUUGGUGGAAUUUUGUGUUUCUUGCCAACAAAACUUUCCUGUGUGCCUACUAAAAAAAUUCACAUUCUGCAAUGCUGGUGAAUGGAAUAUAAAGUAAUAGUUUUAGAACUAAGGGGAAUACAUCUUUUGACCCUAUGCAAGAUGAACAUUAUUUAUAAAAAGUGCUGUAACAAAAAAAACAUAUGUACUUUUAAGAUUAAAAACAAUUAGAUCUAUUCAUAUGUAUGUUAUUUUAAGUUGGCAAAAAACUCUAGGUGAUUUGCAUUAGUAGGUGUUCCCAACUAAUUUCAUGACAAAUUCAUGUAUGUAAUUGUUUUAUAUUUUACAUUUCGGUUUUAAUGAUUAUGAAUAUUUAAUAGCAAAUGUUUUGACUAAUGAAUAAACUAAUAGGAUAUUAUUUUUAAGUAACAUACAUGCUUGCUGACAAGCUAAUCUAAAGUGUGAUGCAGGUCUAUGAUUCAAAUUCUGUUGUGUAUACAGUGCACCUGCUCUACUGAGUGCUUGACAUUUCAGCAAAUAUCACAGGCUUGAAGUCUUAACAAGCUUUCAAUGUCAUAAUAUUUGGAACAUUCUUUAGCUCACUAUAAAAUAGAGUGGCUACACUUCAUCCUUAUCACACUCCAACCUCCUGCCACAGCCUUGCCUUAUUGUUGAAGAUGCUCAUUUGAACCAAUAUCUAUAAUUCAAUCCCUGUAUGCUCACGUAUGGCAACAUAGUAUAUACAUUAAGCCUACAAUGGUUAUGAACAGCGCUGAAUUUACCUAUGGUCAACAUAAGCUCUAGCCGCCUCCACUCACAUGAGCCUUCCAAAAAAUUGUUUUGAAGAAAAAGUGAAGGAAUACAUUGCAUUUUGUGGAUUUCAAGGGACCCCAUAUCUCAAAUAGCAUUAGGGCCUUAUCAAGUCUGAUAAUCUGAUCCUGAUUAUGAAUAAUUUGAAAUGUAUCUACUUUUGUACAAUAUAAAAAUGUUACUAGUUUCUAGUGGUAGCCUUAAUAUAGUGUACCUUUAGGUGAAAUGGAAAGACUGCUUUAUUAGUAGUUAACCCUAGCUGAUACAACUAACUACAAGUGUGAAAGGGACUAACAAAUAUUAGUACAUUUUGUGUUGUGACAAAGUUAACAGCAUAGCCUAAUAAACAUGGAGGUAGUGGUACUUUACAUUUUAAAAUAGAUUAUGGAUAUGAAUUUCAAAUUUUUAUAUUGAUCUUUCAAAUUAUUUAAUGAAUGAUUGUAUUUUACAUGUCCUAUUUUAAUUCAUAAAUUAUAUGGAGAUAUCUGUACUUUCAAAAUGUGAUUCUUUUGUUAUUGUUAUGUCAUGAAAAACUUGUUUUUACACAAAGAAUAAAGGCAUUCAACUUGUGUUUUA